GUUCCGUGUUUUGGCUACCUGGAUCCAUUCACUGCUUGAACUGUAGUAUAGUUGGUUUGGACCCUUUCAUCUUUCAGUUUAAUUGAUAUUAUUUUGUUUUUGAUUCCGUGCAGCUGAACACCUAUAGGAUAUCUGUACUGAUGAUGGAUGCUCCUUCAGAAACUGGAGUUGUUCAUCCCUACUGGCCACGGGAUCUCUUGAUUCCCAGCUACGUGGCCAAUGACCGAUCCAUGUCCGAGAUCCUGGCGUUCCUGUUUUCUGUAUCUGGGGUCUUUCUACUUAUUACCUGGGUGAUAACCGGUCAGAAAGGAGACUAUGGCAGUUUUGGGAUUUGGAGACGCCUGGCUGUGUGCUGGUUUGCUGUUUGUGGUUUCAUCCAUGGGGUCAUUGAGGGUUGGUUCUGUCUGUUUUAUCAUAUUAUUCCAGGAGACCAGAGCUUCCUCUCACAGCUGUGGAAAGAGUACUCUAAAGGAGACAGUCGUUAUGUGAUAGCGGAUAACUUCACUGUCUGUAUGGAGACUGUGACUGCAUGUCUGUGGGGACCGUUCAGCUUUUGGGCUGUGUUUGCUUUCUUAACGAACAAGCCCUACAGAUAUGUACUGCAGCUUAUCAUUUCCUUAGGUCAGCUGUAUGGAGCAGUGCUUUACUUCUUCACAGAGCAUCGUGAUGGUUACGCUCACAGCGAGUUGGGACACCCCAUUUACUUCUGGUUCUACUUUGUGUUCUUGAAUGUGCUGUGGAUCGUCAUACCACUGAUGCUCAUUGUGGACGCAUGGAGACAACUCUCAGCAGCUCAAACUGUCACAGAUCAAAAAAGAUCACAAAAAACUAAAGGACAUUGACACGAAGGUGGUAAAAUAUGACUGUGGAACUGUUGCGCAUUUAAUAAAAGGGUGUACGAGGGAAAGACAGUACACUCUACUGUUGAACACUGAAACAUUCAUAUGUAUGAUUUUUCUAACUGUACCUGUUGCAUUAUGGCCUUACUUGUCAGCAAUGUACAUCACCAAGUAAAACUUUACAUCUGUCAAUACAUUUUUAAAAUCUUUUUCUGACUUUGUGAAACAUUAAAGAGGACAAAAAGACACCAUUGCUGUUUUCUCUGUAUAUAUUCUAUAAUAGAACUACAGUCAGGCAGGUGGAUUGAAACAAAGUACUUUAUAUGAAUUCUGUAUUAAAAAUACAUUUGAGGUA